AUUUCUACUUCUUCUUUUUCUUCUUCUCUCUCACACAUCAUUGGGUUCGAGUUGAAACCAUGAUUUCAAGAAGUCGAACACUUCCAAGUAGAAUCCACCAUGGCAUAUUGGAAGAAAACAGAGACAUGAGGCAAUACUUGCAGAUAGAAACCCGACCAAAACCCAAACCAAGCAACGAUGACACUGAAGCCAUGGUCGUCCCUCAGCCUACUUAUUCCAAGUGCUUUGACGAUGAUGGUCGCUUGAAGCGAACAGGUACUGUAUGGACUGCGGCAUCACAUAUAAUCACAGCAGUGAUAGGAUCAGGUGUCUUGUCAUUAGCGUGGGCGGUGGCGCAGCUUGGAUGGGUGGCGGGACCGAUUGUGAUGGUGCUCUUCGCUUUAGUCACUCUCUAUACUUCCAACCUUCUCUCUCAGUGCUACAGGUGCGGCGAUCCAGCCACCGGAAAGAGAAACUACACCUACAUGGAUGCUGUCAAAGCCAACUUAGGGGGACGAAGAGUGGCAAUUUGUGGAAUAAUUCAAUAUAUCAAUCUGUUUGGAGUUGCCAUAGGUUACACAAUUGCGGCCUCAACAAGUAUGAUGGCAAUAAAAAAGACAAGUUGUAGUUACAAGAGUAAAGGGAAAGAUCCAUGUAAAAUGUCCCCCAAUUGGUACAUGAUUGGAUUUGGAAUCAUGGAAGUGAUUCUUUCUCAGAUUCCAGAUUUUGAUCAACUCUGGUGGCUAUCUAUAGUUGCUGCUAUCAUGUCUUUCACCUACUCUGCAAUUGGCCUUGGUCUUGGCAUUACCAAAUCUGCAGAGAAUGGGAGCUUUAAAGGGAGCCUAACUGGUGUUAGCAUAGGUGAUGAUAUAACUCCCAUGAAAAAGAUGUGGCGAAGCGUGCAAGCUCUUGGAGCUGUUGCCUUUGCUUAUUCUUUCUCCGUUAUACUCAUUGAGAUUCAGGAUACAGUAAAAUCGCCUCCGGCAGAGCAUAAAACCAUGAGAAAGGCUACAUCAAUAAGUAUUGCUGUGACUACGCUAUUCUACAUGCUAUGUGGAUGCAUGGGCUACGCGGCAUUUGGAGAUCACGCACCAGGAAAUAUUCUUACAGAUUUUGGAUACUUCAGUGCCUAUUGGAUUCUUGAUAUUGCCAAUGUUGCAAUUGUGGUUCAUCUCAUUGGUGCAUAUCAGGUCUAUUGUCAGCCAUUGUUUGCGUUCGUGGAGAAAUGGAGUGAAAAGAAAUGGCCGAGAAGCGAUUUCGUGGUAAAUGAGUAUACCAUAUCCAUUCCUUUCUGUGGUACCUCCUACCAACUCAACCUAUUCCGUUUAGUGUGGAGGACAAUCUUUGUGAUAUUGACUACAGUCAUUGCCAUGCUUCUGCCCUUCUUCAAUGAUGUUGUGGGAAUACUUGGAGCUCUUGGGUUCUGGCCAUUGACAGUUUACUUCCCAGUUGAGAUGUAUCUUGCAGAGAAGAAGAUUGGAAGAUGGACAAGUAGAUGGCUUGGACUUCAGAUACUCAAUGUCUCUUGCCUCUCUAUCACUCUAGUUGCAUUAUGUGGAUCUGUUGCUGGAGUUCUAAAUGAUCUCAAAACAUAUAAACCUUUUUGGGUCUAAUUGAUUAUUAAUGGGAGGAGGUAGCCCAUUAUAAGUAGAUUAAUUAGUUU